CGCCCCUGCAUUGGCUAUUCCCCGCUUCCCUCCGGCCUGGCCCAAUGGCAGCGCGCCUUGUUGAGGGGUGACGGGAAGAAGGCGUCGCCGAGGGGCCGCCCUUUCCCUUUCUCCGCCGGGCUGCAGCGGCGAGCGCACGUCCCGGGCCCCGCUCCCGCAAAGAUGCGUUACGUCGCGGCCUACCUGCUCGCCGUCCUCGGCGGCAACGAGGCGCCCACGUCCAAGGACCUGAAGAAGAUCCUCGACAGCGUCGGCAUCGAGACGGACGAUGAGCGCCUGAACAAGGUUAUUAGUGAGCUGAAUGGAAAAAACAUCGAGGAUGUCAUUGCUCAGGGCAAUGGCAAGCUUGCCAGCAUGCCGGCUGGGGGAGCCGUGGCAGUUUCUGCUGGAGGGGUCUCUGCUGCUCCUGCUGCAGGUGCUGCCCCUGCUGCCGCUGAGGAGAAGAAAGAAGAGAAGAAGGAGGAAUCUGAAGAAUCUGAUGACGACAUGGGAUUUGGCCUAUUUGAUUAAUUAUUUGUUAUACAGAAAUUAUUAAAACUGUUUGUUUUAAA